AUGGAGCCCCUGCACCUCGGCCUGCUCGUCGGCCUUCUGCUUCUCUGCAACCCUCUCCCUUCCCGGGCCUUCUCCUCCCCACUCAAUUGCACAGACACCACUCGCCUUUGCACGUCGUUCCUCGCCGUGAAAUCCAAUCCUAACUUGACGUUCUCCCUAAUCCAGAGCAUGUUCGACGUGCUCCCCGGAGACAUAACCGUGGACGUCCCCAACGCCACCAAGUACUUCUUCAUCAGGAAGAACUGCUCGUGCCUGUCUCCCGGCAAGAAUUACCUUACCAACACGACCUUCACCGUGAGAGAAGAGGGUCAGGUGUACGACAUGGUCACUGGUGCUUACGGGCCGCUAGCGUUGAUCUCCAAUUCAUCCCACUGGGUACAGUCGGGGACGGUGGUCUCUCUGCGUCUACUGUGCGGCUGUUCCAGCGGGCUUUGGAAUUACCUGAUGACCUAUGUUCUCGGAGGCGGGGAGACGAUCGGAUCACUUGCGAGUCAGUUCGGGGUGAGCAUGGGCAGCAUAGAGUCUUUGAAUGGGAUUGCCGACCCGAACGAUGCAGUAGUCGGAGAGGUCUACUACAUUCCGCUCAAUUCAGGUGACGUUUGUUUUCAUCUUGCUGCAUUCCUCUGAUUUCACUAUUUCCAUACCAUAUGCGACAAGGUUGCUCCCUAUUUUUUCUGUGAUGUAAUGGUCGCUCGCGAAUAGGUUUUUAUUCCCGCAACAUCGCUUAUAGUACUUGUUUCCUUUCAGUCCCUGGAGUGCCUUAUUCCGUGGAAGAAGUGGCUCCACCUGCCUCUGCUCCGGUUCCAUCGAUUUCCUCUUUCUCAGGUAAUAGGGAAUCUAUGAGGUGUUUUCGAGUACUACCCGAACUAACUGACGAAUCCCUACUGUGGGUUUCUCAGAUCACUAGUCGUGAAGUUUGAAUGCACUGUCGAUCAGGAUUCUGCAGCUCCUCUUUUUCAGAUUAGGCACGCGUUCAACCUCCACCCUAACUUUGUUUGUCAUCUUAGCGGAGUUCUGUUAAACCUUGAACUUGUUAAAACCCCCAGCGGAUACCUUUAAUAUUUGUUGCCCUCCACAUGAAAAGACAGCACUGGUGGACUUUGAAACAGAGGAAGUUCUCUGUAACGUUAUCAAAUGGGGAGAAGAAAUUGUUUGAUUCCUUCCUAAUGGCAUGGCCCAAAAAUACGGAAUCGUGGAGGAAAAUUAGCCUUCUUUGGGAGACAAAAAUUAUAUGCAGCCAGACCACUAUAUCCAUUUGAAUUGAUUAAUUGACCGACUAUUCUCUUGUCUAUGCUCAUUGAUAUGAAAUGUUCUCACAUAAUGUGUGGCUACAUGAACGAUAUUGUUGACUCAUUGCACUUUGCUGUGGUACAUUGUGUUGGAAUUGGAAGUACUAUCCAAGUCAAAGCCAGGAAAGGUCAUAUCUUUUGAGUGGGUGCACGUCUUUCUUAGUUCUGUCCCAAAACAGAGUUGUUCUAUUUGAGACAGUGGCAUGCUAAAACUGCAAAAGAGCUUAUGCUUUGAUCCAGAGAUGCAAAAUGUUUUAUCUUUAGCCAGGGAUUGGCAUGUAAUCCAUUAUUCUUCAUCUGAUGGCUAUUCAGAUUUUUAUGCGGAUUGCUACAAGUGUUCAUGAUGCUGCUAGAUCCCAGUUAUAAUAGUCUACUGCAACUUUCGUUAGAGCUUCAAUACUUCUAGCGCAUUGCUUCAUCUUUAUUUAGUUGAACGAUUAUUUAUGCUGAUUUCAUAUGCCUGCAGUGAAUCCAGAACAUCAUUCUUCCAAAUUUCCAUUUGGAUGGAUAAUAGGGAGCUUGGGUGCUGCUCUUUUCCUGAUUGUCCUGAUUAUAGUUGUAUUUAUUUCGUCGAGAUCAUCAGCCUUCAGUUCCUGGAUCUCUGGACGCCAUAAAAAAGACUCUGAUGAGCAGCUACCUAAUAAAUCACUCAGUCUAGGAAGGCCAAGUUCUCUUUGUUCCUGGCAAAUGUGCCUCUGCUUUAAGACCGGGAGGUGGAAGUCAAAUUCUGGAGAUGUUCGCAGCGACCAAGUUGAUGGCCCUAAAGAUGGUAAAGAUAUUUACACUUGACACGAAUCAAAUUCUGUAAUUUUUCUACUUAAAUUUGCCUCAUCAUUAUCACAAGCAUCAUCCAGCCAAAGAUGGACAGAAUUUUCUAUUUAAAUUCUGUAAAGAUAGUAAUGAUAUGGCGAAGUUAUCAGAAAGGCCAGCGAGUUCAAGACAAAUAUUGACGGGAGGUGUUUAUAUACACCCAUGGGGGGAUCCUCGAAAAUGUUCCUAGAUUCCAGAGAAGAAUCCUAAUACAGAGGGAUAUUGUUUCCUUUGAUUUUUUAUUGGAUCCCCUGACGUGUUUUGUGAACCUUUAGUAGUAUUACGCUUGGACGGUAAAUUUGUGCUCCCUGCCUGAAAUUUUUUGACGGUUUCUUAGGUAUGACAGGCGAUGCAUUUGAAAUGGAGAAACCUGUAGUCUUUGCUUACGAAGAGAUUCUCUCUUCUACAAACGGUUUCUGUGACACAAAUCUACUUGGUCAUGGCACAUAUGGCUCGGUGUAUUAUGGAGUCCUUCGGGAACAGGUCUGCAGGGUGUUUUUCGUCUUAAAUUCGUAUUUUAUACUUUCUUGUUUAUUGUUCUUGCAUUGAGACAAAGGCAUUGUAGGAGGUAGCAAUUAAAAGAAUGUCCGCUACCAAAACAAAGGAGUUUAUGGCAGAGAUGAAGGUUUUAUGCAAAGUUCAUCAUGCAAGUCUGGUAAAGCUCCCGUCAAAAUGCAAAUGAUUUAUUUUCGGAGCCUUGAUAUUUUAAUAUUCCAUGUUUUAACAAAAUACUUCCCCUUUACUUUUAUCAAGGUAGAAUUGAUUGGCUAUGCAGCAAGCAGCGACGAACUCUUCCUCAUUUAUGAAUACGCUCAGAAAGGCUCACUAAGAAAUCAUUUGCACGAUCCUCAGAACAAGGGUAACAUUUUUGUUAUAAACCCCUUCAUGGCUUCUUAUUGUACCAUCUUUUUCUUUGCAUUCCUUACAGAAGAAUCUUCUGUCCUCUCAUGCUCAGGUCAUACAUCACUUUCUUGGAUAGCUAGGGUUCAGAUUGCUCUUGACACUGCCAAAGGUCUGGAAUAUAUUCAUGAGCACACGAAAAUGCAUUAUGUUCACCGAGAUAUCAAGACGAGCAACAUUCUGCUCGAUGGUUCUUUCAGGGCCAAGGUUUCACAUUCUCAGACGUCCUACUUCUUAGUUUUGAUUGUGGCCUUCAUAAUUGAUGUUGAUGACACUAAUCUCUCAUGCAGAUUUCUGACUUUGGGCUGUCGAAACUUAUUGGAAAAGCUGGUGAAGGGGAAGCUUCUGCGACAAGAGUUGUAGGAACCUUUGGCUAUUUGGCUCCAGAGUAAGGAAAAUUGGGAGCAGUAGGUUUGCUGCUGCUCUUUCCUGAGCUUGGUUCGACUUACUGCUUUUUAUUAACUGAACUCAUUUACUUUUACAGGUACUUGCGCGAUGGCCGGGCUACAACAAAGAGUGAUGUUUAUGCAUUCGGUGUUGUCCUCUUUGAGUUGAUAUCUGGAAAGGAAGCAAUUAUACGAACAGAAGGGGUUAUAUUAAAUAAUGCUGAGAGGCGUUCUUUGGCAUCAGUUGUGAGUCCUAGUCCUCAGAAAAUUGCUGCAAUUACAUCCGAUAAUUAUUCGUUUGAUUUGGUGGUUAAACUAGUUUUUGGCAUUGACUACCUCAGUGUAGACAAUUAUUUGAAAUGUAUAAGCUUUAUUCAAAUGCAAUAAAUGUGAUAUGGAGGAUAGUUGAGCUAUUUGGUUUCUCUUAUCAUGAUUUUUGAACAAUUUCUUCAAUAACGGAAUCCAAUAUCAAGUGAUGAAUAAUUAGGGACGCUUAAUCUUUUUUUUUUGGAGCAAUUAACGUAAUGUAUUAGUUGAGGAUCGUGGUGUUAGGAUAAGCCAAUUAAUAUGUGGGAGGGUAACCUUGUCUUUGAAAAGACUUCAGCUAUAUCGAGUGAACUGUAGAUGAAAAACUUCAAGUGUUGUACUCUUUUAGUCUAAAAAAUAAUCCCAUUCAGAGCAAGUGUUUGCAAGGUUUCCAUUAUUUGGAACAUUUCUUCAUCUUUUUCUUAAUCUUUAUAAGGAGUCUAGCUUUUACAUGAUUUCUUAGAACCCUUUCUUUAUGCUGAAUUUCUCUAUUUUAUUUAUAUUAUCAUAUGGGAUAUCAACGUUUCUCCAACAUUUGUGUCCAACAGAUGUUGGCAGCUCUUCGAAACACUCCAAAUUCAAUGAGCAUGUCUAGCUUUAGGGGGUCGAUUGACCCCAAUUUGAUGGAACUCUACCCUCACGACUGUGUAUUCAAGGUGAGAAUUUUUUCUAGUUGCGCAUAAAAAUUUAAAUGUCAAUAAGGGUACUUUUUUAUAUUUUCCUUUGAUAAAUAUUGAUUCGAUUACUAUUCACUCUAGAGCAUACAUCUCCAUCGCUUCUCUCGAGUAGUGUUUGCAGCCUGUACAGUCCAACUCCUGCUUUUCUCUUCUUCUCUCCCAUCACCUUCCUGAUGCUUGUUCAACCUGAUAUGAAAUUGAAACUUUUGUAACCUUAUACAUUCUACAGCGCUGACAUGAUUCACAUGGUGAAAACUUGCCCAUCUGGCGGAGCCACAGCUUGGGUUCAACACCAGUCAAGGCAUCUGUCUGAACGCUUCCGUUUGGUUGUUUUCCUUGUGUUUCCAGAUGGCUAUCCUGGCGAAGCAGUGCGUGGACGAAGAUCCCAUUCUCCGGCCCGACAUGAAGCAGGUGGUGAUCUCCAUCUCCCAUAUUCUGCUGUCCUCCAUAGAGUGGGAAGCUACCCUGGCAGGGAAUAGCCAGGUGUUCAGUGGCCUCGUGCAAGGAAGAUGA